GCGCCGCCAUGGCGUUCCGGAAGAAGGGCACCAAGAACCCCCCGGUGCUGAGCCACGAAUUCAUCCUGCAGAACCACGCGGACCUCGUGGCCUGCGUCGGGAUGUUCUUCGUGCUGGGGCUCAUGUUCGAGGGCACGGCCGAGGUGUCCAUCGUGUUCCUCACGCUGCAGCACGGCGUGACGGUGCCCGCCGCGCAGGACCGCGCCGCCGAGGCCAGGUCCCUCUACUGCUACGGCGUCAAGGACCUGGCCACCGUCUUCUUCUACAUGCUCGUGGCCGUCAUCCUCCACGCCGCCUUCCAGGACUACGUGCUGGACCGAUUCAACCGGCGCAUGCAGUUCCCCAAGCCCAAACAGAGCCGAUUCAACGAAGCCGGGCAGUUCAGCGCCUUCUACCUGGUGUCCUGCGUGUGGGGCACGCUCGUGCUCAUCUCGGAAAACUGCCUGGCCGACCCCACCCUCAUGUGGAGGGCGCAGCCCCAUAAGAUGAUGACGUUCCAGAUGAAGUUCUUCUACAUCUCGCAGUUGGCCUACUGGUUCCAUGCGCUUCCCGAGCUCUACUUCCAGAGAACCAAGAAACAGGACCUGCCCCGCCAGCUCAUCUACAUCGGGCUUCACCUCUUCCACAUCGCCGGGGCCUAUCUGCUGUACUUGAACCAUCUGGGCCUGGUCCUUCUCAUGCUGCAUUACUUCGUGGAGUUCCUGUACCACGUGUGUGAUCUGUUUUACUUCAGCGACGAAAAGUUCCCCAAAGAGCGUUCCCUGUGGGCCAUCAUCGUGGGGCGGCUCGUGACUCUCAUCGUCUCCGUGGUCACCGCCGGCUUUCACCUGUCCGGAGAACGGAGUCGUGAUCCGGAGGCCUUCGCUGCCAACGUGAACGUGCUAGCGGCCAAAAUUGCAGUUCUCUCCUCCAGUUUCACGAUUCAAGCCUACGUCACCUGGAAUUUACUGAUGGCCCAGCUGCAGAGGUGGAUGGAAGAAGAGAACAGCCUUCAGGUCCCAGGUGUGAAGAAGAAACGGACUAAAGGCAGGUCCAAACGAGGAACGGAGAAUGGCUUGGCAGCUGGCAAUCGGUUGAGGAGAGAGAGACCUUCUCAAUGAGUUGCAAGCUCCUGGCUCUAUAUACCCAAAGAAGUCCGGUUUUUAAGA